UCAAUUUUAAACACGCGUGUGUAUAAACAAAUAUAAAAGCUUUUUGCACUUUUUUUUUUCUUGGCAAGAAAGCCCUGUCCAAAACCUGAUAAAGUUUUGAAUAAACAAUAAGAGCUAAUCAAUUUUGAGUUGCUGGUCGCCUUUUCUUCGGGCUAGUUGUGGAUUACGAUUUCUGUUAACAUGCAAAAUCAGCAACAAUCGUCUAGUCCAAAUCAGCAAUCACAACAGCAACAGCAAAGCACACAACAACAACAACAGCAGCAAAUGUUGUCCCAACAGGCAACACUUGUUCAAAAUAUUGGUGGCACAGCCAAAAUGAAUGAUACAACACAGAAUCUAUCAAAUGUCGGUUUAUUGGAACUGGCACAUCGCGAAUAUCAGGCAGUGGAUUAUGAAAAUGCAGAGAAACAUUGCAUGCAACUGUGGAGACAAGAUAGCACUAAUACGGGAGUGCUGUUGCUACUCUCUUCCAUACAUUUCCAAUGCCGUCGUUUAGAGAAAUCAGCCCAAUUUUCUACGCUUGCUAUUAAGCAAAACCCACUCUUGGCUGAAGCUUAUAGUAAUUUGGGAAAUGUUUUUAAAGAACGCGGACAACUGCAAGAGGCUUUGGAGAAUUAUCGACGAGCCGUGCGCUUAAAGCCAGAUUUUAUUGAUGGUUAUAUUAACUUGGCUGCCGCUUUGGUGGCUGCACGUGAAAUGGAAGCAGCUGUACAAGCCUAUAUUACCGCCUUACAGUACAAUCCAGAUUUGUACUGCGUACGUAGCGACUUGGGUAAUUUAUUAAAGGCUCUUGGCAGGUUAGAAGAAGCUAAGGCAUGCUAUUUGAAAGCGAUCGAGACCUGUCCUGGUUUUGCAGUGGCAUGGAGUAAUUUAGGCUGCGUGUUUAACGCUCAGGGCGAGAUUUGGUUGGCUAUACAUCAUUUUGAAAAAGCAGUUACUUUGGAUCCUAACUUUUUAGAUGCCUACAUCAAUUUGGGAAAUGUUUUAAAGGAAGCCCGUAUUUUCGACAGGGCUGUUGCUGCCUAUUUGCGUGCUUUAAAUUUAUCACCCAACAAUGCAGUUGUUCAUGGCAACUUGGCUUGCGUUUAUUACGAACAAGGCCUGAUUGAUUUAGCAAUUGACACAUACCGUAGGGCCAUUGAGUUGCAACCCAAUUUUCCGGAUGCCUAUUGUAAUUUGGCUAAUGCUCUAAAAGAGAAAGGACAGGUUAAAGAAGCCGAAGAUUGUUACAAUACCGCUUUGCGUUUAUGUCCCAAUCAUGCAGACUCUCUUAACAAUUUAGCUAACAUAAAACGAGAGCAAGGCUUUAUCGAGGAGGCUACACGUCUCUAUUUGAAGGCGUUGGAGGUAUUCCCAGAUUUUGCGGCGGCUCAUUCCAAUUUGGCCUCGGUUUUGCAACAACAGGGGAAAUUGAAAGAGGCUCUAAUGCAUUAUAAGGAAGCCAUACGCAUACAGCCCACGUUCGCUGACGCAUAUUCUAAUAUGGGAAACACCUUGAAAGAAUUGCAAGAUGUUUCGGGAGCAUUGCAGUGCUACACUCGCGCUAUACAAAUCAAUCCGGCCUUCGCUGACGCUCAUAGCAAUCUGGCUAGUAUACACAAAGAUUCUGGCAACAUUCCCGACGCCAUACAGUCGUAUCGUACAGCUUUGAAACUUAAACCGGACUUCCCCGAUGCCUAUUGCAAUUUGGCACAUUGUCUGCAGAUCGUCUGCGAUUGGACAGAUUAUGAAGCACGCAUGAAGAAAUUGGUCAGCAUUGUAGCGGAGCAAUUGGAAAAAAAUCGCUUACCCUCUGUACAUCCGCAUCAUUCGAUGUUAUAUCCACUGUCACAUGAUUUUCGCAAGGCUAUCGCUGCUCGCCAUGCAAAUUUAUGUCUAGAAAAGAUACACGUAUUGCACAAGCCACCGUACAAAUUUACUAGGGAAAUACCCUCCGGUGAACGUAUACGCAUCGGCUAUGUCAGCUCGGAUUUCGGCAACCAUCCUACCUCGCAUCUCAUGCAAUCUAUACCUGGACUGCACGAUCGUUCUAUGGUAGAAAUAUUUUGUUAUUCUCUGAGUCCCGAUGACGGCACUACGUUCCGUUACAAGAUUUCAAGUGAAGCGGAACAUUUUAUUGACUUGUCCACAGUACCCUGCAACGGUAAGGCAGCUGAUCGCAUCUACAAUGAUGGAAUUCACAUCCUGGUCAAUAUGAACGGCUAUACCAAGGGGGCACGGAAUGAAAUCUUCGCUUUACGGCCCGCUCCCAUACAAAUUAUGUGGCUAGGCUAUCCCGGAACCAGCGGCGCUUCUUUUAUGGAUUAUAUCAUAACAGACGCAGUUACAAGUCCUCUAGAGCUAGCGAGCCAAUACAGUGAAAAAUUGGCUUAUAUGCCGUACACAUACUUUAUAGGCGAUCAUAAGCAAAUGUUUCCGCAUUUGAAGGAACGGCUUAUAGUCUGCGACAAACAGCAGACAACGGUAGCUGAUAACGUGGCUGUAAUAAAUGCUACAGACUUAUCGCCGUUAGUGGAACAUACGGCGGUUAAAGAGAUCCGUGAGGUAGUCAAUGCCAACAAGCCGGUUGAAAUCACUCACAAGGUAGCAGAGUUACCUAACACUACUCAGAUUGUGUCCAUGAUAGCCAGCGGCCAAGUGCAAACUUCGUUAAAUGGUGUAGUAUUGCAAAAUGGAUUGGCCACUACACAGACUAACAACAAAGCGGCAACGGGUGAAGAAGUGCCUCAGAAUAUUGUUAUAACCACUAGGCGGCAGUAUCACUUGCCCGACGAAGCCAUUGUUUAUUGUAAUUUUAAUCAAUUGUAUAAAAUUGAUCCUCAAACUUUACAGACAUGGAUGAAUAUACUCAAAAAUGUACCGAACUCCGUACUGUGGCUUUUGCGAUUUCCAGCUGUGGGGGAACAAAAUAUUAAAAAGGCUGUAGAAGAUAUAGGAGUCUCGCCGGAACGAGUAAUAUUCUCCAAUGUGGCGGCUAAGGAAGAGCAUGUGCGCCGCGGCCAACUUGCUGAUGUUUGCCUUGAUACGCCGCUCUGUAACGGCCACACAACUUCCAUGGAUGUCCUGUGGACUGGCACGCCGGUAGUGACGUUGCCCGGGGAAACGUUGGCAUCGAGAGUGGCUGCUUCACAAUUGGCUACCCUUGGUUGUCCCGAACUUAUAGCUCGUACCCGCCAGGAAUAUCAAGAUAUUGCUAUACGCCUGGGCACCGAUCGCGAAUAUCUAAAGGGUAUGCGUGCCAAAGUGUGGAAAGCUCGGGUUGAUAGCCCUCUCUUUGAUUGUGUACAAUACGCCAAAGGUUUAGAAAUGUUAUUCAUGCGCAUGUGGCAGAAAUUCUUGCGCAAUGAACCACCAGAUCACAUCUCUGCUAUGACCGACAAGUAAAGCGUGACCGCAAAAAACAUCACAAGCAUCGUUUUCACCAGCAAUCUCAUAUAUUGAAAAAAAUUUCAUUCAUACAAUGUUUUCCCCAACUUUAGCUGUAAUAUCGUAGUGAAAUAAUUGAUUUAUAGCUAACGAAACACUCAUACACACACACAAAAAAGCCCAAAAAUAAUAAUAUAGCAUAAAAUGAAAAAGAACAUUUUUUUUAUUCAAUCAAAAUAUUCACAAUGAUUGAAUUAAUAAUUAUAGCGAUGUUGAUAAUGAUGAGGUAGAGUUAAAGAACAAGAAAUAAGCUUUUUUUCUUCAAAAUAUAAAUUUAAAAAACAGUAAUUUUCAACACUUAAAAUACAUACACAGACACAAAAGAAAAAACCAAGGAGCUGAAACUUUAUGAUAAAUAAUGAAACGGAAUGCAAGAGCGAAUCAAAUUUUAAUGUACUGUACGAAUGCAACGUUGCACUCUGCUAAAAAUAUUGA